CCCAUUCACAGCUCCAGAGGGCUGCUCAGCCAGUGUGUAACCCCACUGAGUUACACUAGUAUGAAAUCUCUCUCUCUCCAACAAGAUCAAAUGGAGCCAUUUAAUGAAGAGAUGCCAUUGUGUCCACCAUGCACCUUCCACUAUCAAUAAUUUAAAUAGCCCUCGCUGCAAGCCCCGAAGACCAAGCCUGAAUAUUUUUUUGGGUUUUUUUUCCCCCCCCCGUUGUUUAUUGUUUGUAGCCUUUUUAAUUUUUUUUUUUCCUGAGGACAGCUGGAAAGAAAACUUCACCCAAACAAACAAAACAAACCACAAAAAACUCCAACAAAAUAGAAUUUAUACAGAGUUUCAUCUGAGAUCCCCAAUACAAGUGUGUUGAUGUGUUCUUUGACAAGUACUAACUAAAAUAAGUUCCAUCAGGUGAGAAGAGUGAUGACCAUCCUUUUCCUUACUAUGGUUAUUUCAUACUUCAGUUGCAUGAAAGCUGCCCCCAUGAAAGAAGCCAGUGUCAGAGGACAAAGUGGCCUGGCCUAUCCGGGUCUUCGGACCCAUGGUACUCUUGAGAGCAUAGGUGGUCUCGGUGUCUCAAGAGGAGGAGGACUUCCUUCACUGACAGAUACUUUUGAGCAUGUCAUAGAAGAACUCAUGGAAGAGGAACAAAGCAUACGACAGAGCGAGGAAAGCAAGGACUCUGACUUGUAUUCAUCUAGAGUUAUGCUAAGCAGUCAAGUACCUUUGGAGCCACCACUGCUUUUCCUACUUGAGGAGUACAAAAACUACUUGGAUGCUGCAAACAUGUCCAUGAGGGUCCGGCGCCACUCGGACCCAGCCAGGCGCGGAGAGCUGAGCGUGUGUGACAGUAUUAGCGAAUGGGUUACAGCAGCAAACAAGAAAACUGCAGUGGACAUGUCGGGGCAAACGGUUACUGUCCUCGAAAAAGUCCCCGUAUCCAAAGGCCAACUGAAGCAAUAUUUCUACGAGACCAAAUGUAACCCUAUGGGUUACAUGAAAGAAGGCUGCAGAGGCAUAGACAAAAGGUACUGGAACUCUCAGUGCCGAACUACUCAGUCUUACGUGCGGGCUUUCACCAUGGAUAGCAAAAAAAAAGUUGGUUGGCGCUUUAUAAGAAUAGACACUUCUUGUGUAUGUACACUGACCAUUAAAAGGGGAAGAUAGUGAAUUUAUCUUGUAUAGAUUAUAUUGAGAAGAAAAUAUCUAUUUGUAUAUAUACAUAACAGGGUAAAUUAUUCCGUAA